UCUGUAAUUUUCCAGUUUUUAGCCAAAGUCGAUAUUACAGCCCCACAGAGUGAAAUGUAGGGACAAGUAAAGCGCCGGCAGCUCCUGUGUGGAGAUAAAAUGUGAUUAUUGUGACCAGUUCUUGUUUUGGAAACACAGGAAUCUAAAACAAUUGACAGAGGAUAAAGGAUGUGCCCAAAAAAAAGAAAAAACGAGAUCAAAGGACAAAUAUGCUCACUUUUAGUGAAUGCGUUUGAAAACUUAAACAGCGAGAGCUUUGAUGCUUUAAGAAACAAACUCUUAUACUGGCCAGCACCUAAGGACUAUGAAAGCAUCACUCGCAUCAAACUGGAGAAGAUUAAGGCCCAUGAGUUGGCGGAUCUACUCAUUAACUACUACACCACAGAGCAUGCUGGGAAGUUCGCUGUAGAACUGUUGGCAGAGAUCAAUGAGAAGCAGCUGAGUAAAGAACUUGAAGAAGACCUUAAAGAAAUUGAGAAUUUGACCUGCGAUAAAGAAGACAAGACCACACAGACAAGCCCACGCCUGCACACACCAAGCACAGAGCAAGAGGAAAAUCCCCGCACUGACUGGGAAUCUACUGAUCCAGCUGUCGUUUUAAAAAAGAGCGAGAAAACGCCUGGAAGGCAUCAGAAUGCAAAAUAUUCCCAUUUAGUGGCUAUAACUCAGAGCCACAAGCGCCACAAGAGAGAGAGGCAAGAUGAAGAAAGUGGGUCUCCUCUGAAGAAACAACAAACCAAAAGUAUUCGUUUGCAGUUCCUUUACUGUAAUGAGAAACCUUUUGGGGAGCAAACAGUGACACAAAUACGAAUAAGCGGUUGCGGUAGUGACCAAGAGAAUCCAUUAGAGGGCACCUCUCAAGCUCAGAUCUCCACGGUUCAUAUAAGCCUGAAAGAAGGCGAUACAAAUGUCAUUUUCACAGCAGAAAGCAAAGAAACAAAAAUAGACAGUGUUGGACCUUCACCAGACUUCACCAAUGAAGCAGCAGAGGACAAUCCAGCAGAUCCCACCCCUCAGUCACUGGUGUCCACAGAACAUCAAACCCUGCAACCAGCAAACACCGGAUUGUCUCAGAGCUGCCUCACUUUUGCACCAACAAACCUUGCCAUAAUUUCCCCUACACCAAGCAGCUCUGGGCCCCUCAGGAAAGACAUCAGUGCUAGACCGUUAGCAGACUGUACCAACCAACCUGAUGCCAAACAUAUUGCUCCGAGGGGAAGGCCACUACCAGACAUUAAGCUUCAGGCGCUGAAGAAACAUGACCUUCAGAUUAUGGAGGAACACCACAACGGCAAACCACAUAUCUAUGCCAAGCUUUUAUUCCGGCACUUUGUGCCAUAUGGCACAUACCUAACCUGGACCCUAAACACUAACUUUGAUGGAUAUGGAGGAAAAAAUGCUAUUCCUAAAAACCUGCGUGAUGCUAUCCUUAAACGGGUUAGAAAGAGAUUUCAGUUGACUAAGAAAGAUCGUGGAUCUAUAAAACGGACAAUUAAUAAUCUCUUGGCAAAGCCAAGAACUGCAGGCUGGCCUGUUCCCAUCUAGCCAACUUGCUCUUACCUGGAGGAAUAUGGGAAAUGCUUAACUUGACUUUGGGUUAUGGGAAUAUUAAGUUUCCUUUAGACGCCUGGAAUGUAGCAAAGUUGUACUGUAUGGUUUCCAUUUGAGUCUUCGAUAAAGCAGCUUCUUACCUUAAAGGAGAAGGAAAGCAAAAAAACGGAAUACAUAUUUUUUGUUAGGGCAUCAGCCCCCGUCUUGAAUCGCUACAUUACCAAAUUAGCCUCUGCUACUGGAUCGGCGCACUGUGCCUGAGAAGAUUCUGCCGUCUGCUGUCUUUGGCACCGACAUUUUCAAAUGCGGUGACGUCACUUCCCCCUUCGCCGCUUCUACUGCGCAUGCGCCACUUGGUGAACCCUGUGACGUUUUUGGGCAGAAAGGUUUUAAGAGCUUUACUUCCUGGGACUGUGGCUGUGGGAUGCCUGCUGGA